AGUCGUACUCCUUUUCUACUUGUUUUUUUCCAGUACUCAACAAUCUCGCGAAAUUUCAUCGAAGUGAUGACGGAUUACAACAAGGCCCAAGUCGCCUUCCGAGACGCUUGCAAAAACCGAAUUAAGCGUCAAAUGGAAAUUGCUGAACGAAAAAUCACCAAUGAGGAGCUUGAAGACAUGCUCGAAUCCGGUAAUCCCGCCAUCUUCACACAAGAGAUCAUGACGGACACUCAGCAGGCGAAGCAGUCCCUAGCAGACAUUGAAGCUCGUCACGAGGACAUCAUCAAGUUGGAAAAGAGCAUCAAGGAACUCCACGACAUGUUCAUGGAUAUGGCCAUGCUUGUUGAGAGUCAGGGUGAAAUGAUCGACAGGAUUGAAUUUAACGUGGAUCAGGCUGUAGACUACAUCGAGACAGCGAAGGCAGAUACCAAAAAGGCCGUGAAAUAUCAGAGCGCCGCGCGAAAGGUAAGUUCUCUCCUUCAAGCCUGCUAUCACUCUAUGUUGUGCGUGUGUAUGUGUGUGCCAAAUAUACUUGUUGUCUCCCUGUGUUGUUCGUGUUUUUCUUUCUGUGUCUGGGGUGAAAUUUGCUGGGAGAAUUCGGUGUUUUUGUAG